AUGGAAGAUUUUGCAGAUGAGAUUGCAAAGCUUUGUAUAGAUAAAUAUUAUAUAAAACUUGGUAAAUCUGGUAAACCAACAGAGACAGAAUGGGCUGUAUUGUCGGGUAUACAAGUUUGACUCUGGCUCCUGCAUGGUUUAUUAUCUUUAGUAGCUCUUGCUACAGGAACGAAGUGUUUAGGAGAAAUAGAUUUAAUAAAUACAGAAUUAUAUAAAGAUGGUUGUAGAUUAAAUGAUUCUCAUGCGGAAGUUCUAGACAGACGUGCCUUUUUAAGAUAUUUAUAUGAACAGAUUAAUUUAUUGCUUGAUGAUACUAAAAGCGAUGUUUUUACAAAGGACAAUAAGAAAAAAUUUAUACUGAACAACGGAAUAUCAUUCCAUUUUUUCACAAGCCAAACACCAUGUGGAGAUUCUUCUGGAGAUUGUUCUAUAUUUCCAAACGAUGAGUUCUGUGAAAAUGAUACACCACCGAUGAAAAUAAGAAAACAUGAUGAUGCAGUAGAAGUAAUCAUGGAAUCAUAUAAUGAAAAAAAGGUACAGAUAAUCAAAGACAUUUAUAGAACGGGUGCAAAAUGCGUUAAAACUGAACAAUACCAAGAUCCUCAUCUAGCUGGGGUGAAUUAUCAUGUGAUUGGACCAUUGCAUACUAAACCAGGAAGGGGUAAUCCAACUCUUAGCUUGUCUUGUUCUGACAAAAUAGCAAAGUGGAACAUUCAUGGAUUACAAGGUUCGCUUUUAUCAAUACUGAUACCUUCAAUAAAAAUGGAAACUAUCACAGUUGAAGGCAAAUGUCCUUUUCCCUUUGAAGCGAUGGAACGUGGAUUACAUAAGCGAUUCAAUAAGGAGGAAACACCUGGAUCGAAAAUCAUGCAGGCUAAAUUUUCUUUUCAACAAUAGAAAAAUCACAAAAGAAAGUACCCAUGUCCAUUAAGUGUGGUAUUAAUCAUAUGGUGUGCUAUAAGAUAUCGUAAUACGCAAAUAGCAGUUGAAGGUAGAAAACAGGGAGCUAAAAAAAAGAAAGGUUAUAAUUUACUCGUAACUAGGCACGCUCUUUUUGAAACAUUCUUACACACUUAUAACAGGUAUAUAAAUGUUGAUUGCAAUAUAAGACAUCCA